GAUGGAUGUUGCAUCGUGAGAAGAACCGGAGGACCGGAUAGCAUGCUGUUGGGCACAUUGGAAUGCACGGCCGAUUUCUCAUCCUUAAACAAUCCGAGGCCGAGGCGGCUCCAUCCAAGUCGAGCAGAAAAGAAUGCGAGUUCUCGUCCACUCCGCCGAGUCCCCGGCAACACCGGCGGCGGCCAUCUCCAUCGACUCGGACAUGGUGGUCAUCCUGGCCUCCCUCCUCUGCGCCCUCAUCUGCGUCGCCGGCCUGGCCCUCGUGGCCCGCUGUGCCUGCCGCCGCCGAGGCGCCGCUACCACCACCACCACCACUACUACUACACCGGCUGCUACAUCCCCUGCACCCAAAGGCCUGAAGAAGAAAGCCAUCGACGCGCUCCCCACCGUGUCCUUCGCACUCAAGCAGCAGCAGCAGCAGGCGGAGUGCGCCAUCUGCCUGGCUGAGUUCGCCGGGGGGGAGGAGCUACGCUUGCUGCCGCACUGCGGCCACGCCUUCCACGUCUCCUGCAUCGAUACGUGGCUGGGGACCCACGCCACCUGCCCCUCCUGCCGCGCCACCGUCGGGACUAGUACAUUAUUCCUCCCUCUCCCCGGCCGCUGCCGGAGGUGCGGGGAGGUCGACCUGCCCACGCUGCACGAUUUCUCCACCGCCACCGCCACCGCCCACCACAACACACCUCCCUAGCUACGUACUCCGAUUUGGUUGUAUAUGCAUGAUCCAUCUUUCUCAUCGGAUCGCUGUUUUUACCACCCAUCAACAGUGUAUAUAUACGCAGCACAUCUAUCUAUUAAUUAUUUCCUGCGUCUAUUAUAAUCAUCGAUCACAUUAGAUGAUUGCAUCUCAAUAUGUAUGUCUAUAUCAAUGCGCAUGCAUAUAUUGCUUCUUCUUCAUUUC